AAAUAAUUAAAUGUGCAUCUGGAUCUGAAGUUUUUCUGUGUUUCCAUGAGUGUUUGGAUCCAGGAUUCUGGUUCUAAACUAUUAUAGAGAUCAGGGACAGUCAUGGAGUUCUGAUCCAGAUUGCAACAUUCCCUGAAGUAGUGUUCGGAUCCAAGGCACAUGUCAGACGGAGACUCUGGGAAGAGAAUUCAUCACCUCCUACAUGGAGGACUGUGGGAACUCUAAUCAAUUUGAAGUGCAAAUUACUGGCUACUUUGCCUUCACUUCGGUGUCUGUUUCCAUCUCCAAUUACCCGUUUGGCGGGGCAAGGUUUAAGAAGAAGAUUAUGGUAAAUCGGGGAGAGAUGGAGCGGGUCAGGCUACCAGAGUCAGUGGGAAUUAAGGGCACUACCAAGUUCUCCAAGGUGGUCCUAGUCAAGGCUGACAAAGAUAUCUCAGUAGUGUCUGUCAGCAACAAACAUGUGAGCCCUGAGACCACUGUGCUGUAUCCUGUCUCCAGCUUGGGAAAUGAACACUACAUAGUGACUCCCUCUGCACAAUCCUUAGAUAGUUACCCAGAGUUCUCUGUUAUGACGUACGAAGACCACAACCGUGUGGAGGUCCAUGUGAAAGGCAUGUUACGUUAUGAAACAGGGGUCUACUCCACUGGCACCAAACUGGAAAUUAAGCUUCGCGCUUUCCAAGGCUACCAGUUUCAAGGCAUAGCAGAUCUGUCUGGCACCAGGAUUGUCUCAGAAAAGCCAGUGGCCGUCUUGGUUGGCCAAGGGUGUUUUUGUAAUAACACAAAAUGCAACCAAGUCUUUGAGCAGCUCCUACCAGUUUGCAGCUGGGGUACAACAUACAUCAUUCCUCCCUUACCCUGGCAGAUAGUAGAUGAAAUGGUCUACAUCACUGCUUCCCAGAGCACAACUGUGUUGUAUCAACUAGGGGAACAGCAAGAGACUGUUACUCUAGCAGGAGGCAGUGUACUCCAGCGUCCUGUCAAGCCCUGGAUCCCAGUCUCCAUCUCUGCUAAUGUGGGCAUUCAGGUGGUGUUCUACAGCAUGGGCGCAGCUGUCCCUAAUUCCUCCCAUGCCUUCCUGAUGAAUGUUCCAGAUGUUGCCAGUUACUGCCGGAUGUAUUCUAUAAAUGCCCAGGAGGGCUUUGAGAACUUUGCCUUGAUGGUGGCCAGUACAUCAGAGAUUGGUGCCAUCAUCCUAGACAAUCAGCCUCUAAGGGAUGUGGUGUGGAACCAAGUCCCUGGAACUGAGUUCGUUUGGGGCAUGCAUAUGCUUGGACCUGCCAUCAGCUCCCAUGCUGUGGAACAUCCCAGCUCUCCAUUUGCGCUCCUGAGUGUUGGCACUGCCACCAUGGACAGCUAUGGGAUUCCGGGGUCCUGCAGGAAGAAUGUUACCUUUCAAUGUCAGACUGAGACUCCACAGAUAAAAGAGCAGUUGAAGAGGUGCAAAGAUGUCUUUCUGCAGGGCAGCAACAGUGAAUUUUGCUCCUUUGUGAAUUCAGCCUUCGUGAAUUUGGAGACCAUGUGUGCAGAGGACAGAGCAGUAUCGCUGCAGGAAGUUGCUCGACCCUUUGGUUCCUUCCUGAAUAGCUCCACCCUCAGUGCUGGUGGGAAGGAGAGCGAGGGGGAAGUGGCCUCUGCCGUGACGUUCCUCCUGCAGAGUGUGGAAUUGGCUGCACUGACUGCUGCUUUGAAGUCUCCGGAGAAUAUGACCCAGACUGUGACAACAGAGUCUAUGGCUAUCCAGACGCUCCUCGUUGUGCCGGCUGCAGGUCCCUGUGAUGAGGUCUUCAGGCUGAGAGCUCAGGAGGAGACAAUGGACAUUCACUGCGAUACGGUCACCAGAGCAGCGACAGAAGAUUUUGUGGCUGUUGCUUUUAUUUCUUACUCCACCCUGGACUCCAUCAUUAACAAGAGAUUUCUCAACGAGGGAGAUCUAACGGCUGAUGAGAAAUUGCGGAAUUUUCACCUGAAUUCCAGGGUGGUGAGUGGGGCUGUCGGAGAUGGGAGGCCCAUGAACCUCCUCAAACCUGUGAACUUCACCCUGCGCCAUAGACAGACAAAGAAAGAGGAGGAAGAGACUCGCUGCGUUCACUGGAAAUUCAUCGCUGGGAAAGGCACCUGGGCUGAGGAUGGCUGCACCGUUCUCCACACGAACAGCACUCACACCAUCUGCAGCUGUGACCAUCUCUCCAGCUUCGCACUCCUUAUGGGUCUCUCCCUGGAGUAGAGGUGAGUUGGGGAGAGCCCUCCACUUCAUCUCCGUGAAACAGUCACCUCUCCAACCAACUAUGUUUAUCAUACAGCCGGCUUUGCUGUGCCAGUGGGGCAGGUGCUUCAGCUGCCAUUCUUCAUCACAACUACAUAAACCUGGAAGGGGAAGCGGGAUUGGACCAAAACCUCUCUCUGAUCCAAAUCCACAACUCCUACUGAAUUCAAAGGCCACCCUAGGGUUGUAGCUGGGUGUCUCUCCCAGAUUUAAAGGGCCAGAUCCCAGGUCAGAGAGCAGUUAUUUCUUAGGGAAAGCACACCCUGCUUGGGGCGGGAGGGG